UGGAGACUUUGUGGUCAUCGGUUUCCGCAGCGCGUAAAGCAAGGGAGCUCACAUGAAGAGGGCGCGUGGCGUCCUGACGCCUCUCCUGGAGGGCAGCAGAGCAGUGAUGCCGGAGCCGUCUAUAUAAGAGCUUCCAGGAUGCCACAUGCCGGUUAUUCACGCGUUUGAUGCCAGCGCUUUCCAAAACAUCGCCUCCGCCCGCACCGUAUGCACCGCCAGUUCUCCGCUCUCACAUGUAGCUCUACCCACGCUUUCCAUCAGCUCAACUCAACAUUUCUCGCGGAUUUAUUUUACUCUCUCCCGAGUUGCAAUAUGCACAUCAGCUAAUAAGGAUUUCAACACAAAAACUUUGUAAAAGAAGAGUCCCAGGGCGCACGGGAUGCUCCGCAGCGCAGGCAGCGAGUUUAACGCAGACUAGUGAGCGCGCGCUGUGCAGGAGGGACUCCACGUGAAGUUGGGAGUGUGCGAAAAAACAAAAACAGGAUCUUCCCCUCAGUUAGUGUGGCUUACACUCUGGGUAUAGACCAUGGAUACUUUAAGUCUGUCAGUGAACGCUGUUUCCUACACGCCAGCGGCUGAACUCUUCACUCCCGAUGACCCGUUUAAAGGACCCAUCAGGAACAUUGCGCCAUGGAACUUCACUUUCCUGGCUGUGUUCAUGUUCUUCGUCACCUCCGUGUCUCUGAGCGAAAACUUCCUCGUCAUGUUGGUCACUUUCAAGUACAAACAGCUCCGCCAGCCCCUGAACUAUAUUAUUGUUAAUUUGGCAAUCGCUGAUUUUUUGGUCUCCCUCACCGGUGGAGUAAUAAGUUUCCUGACAAACUCCAGGGGUUAUUUCUUUCUUGGGAGGUGGGCUUGCGUCCUGGAGGGGUUUGCUGUCACUUUUUUCGGGAUUGUGGCCAUGUGGUCCCUCUCUGUUCUGUCCUUCGAACGAUUCUUCGUGGUCUGCCGACCUUUGGGAAACAUCCGACUGCAAACGAAGCAUGCGGUCCUGGGACUGGUGUUCGUCUGGACCUUCUCCUUUAUCUGCACCAUCCCUCCAGUGCUGGGCUGGAACAGUUACACUACAAGCAAGAUUGGAACCACCUGUGAGCCUAACUGGUAUUCAACCAGCAUGGUCGAUCACAGCUACAUCAUCGUUUUCUUCAUCACCUGUUUCAUUGUUCCUCUCGGGGUAAUAUUCUUCUGCUAUGGAAAGCUCCUGCAGAAGCUCAGGAAGGUAGCUCACGGCCGUGUGGCUGGCGCCAAGAAGCCGGAGAGGCAGGUGACCCGUAUGGUGGUUGUGAUGAUUGUGGCCUACAUGGUGGGAUGGACGCCGUAUGCAGCCUUCUCCAUACUGGUCACUAUUCAUCCAACCAUUAAACUUGACCCCGGGCUGGCUUCCAUCCCUGCCUUCUUUUCCAAAACCACUGCUGCCUACAACCCAGUCAUCUAUGUCUUCAUGAAUAAACAGUUCAGGAAGUGCCUUAUCCAGCUCUUCACCGGCAAGGGGACCAUCCCAGACAGCAACCUGAACCAGACCUCAGAUCGACCUGGAAUUACUAUAGAGUGUCAAACAGGAGAAAUGUCAGCCAUUGCGGCACGCAUACGCGGUAGUGGCUCUAUGUCACCUAAAUCUGAUGGUUCCCCAACUGAAUGUGGCUCAUUUGUCCACCUUCCCAUCCCUGAAAACAAAGUGUGUCCAAUGUAACGGCAAACUAAUCCCAAUAGGUGUUCUUUCACUAUCCUCUGACUAUCCAUAGUCCAUAAUAACCUUCUAUAAUUUAGAUGUACCAUAUACAUACAUACAUACAUACAUACUGUACAUACAUACAUAGUUAUCUUCUAGUGUGUCACAUUUGGGCACUUGAUUAGACUUGAUAGUGUUUGCCUUCAUAUCUCAAUGAAAAAAAGAGACAGCAAAAAACGCAAACCUUGACAUCAGUGUGUUGAGGGCAUCCAAUGCAUCCAGCCUUUUAUCUCGUCCUCGCAUUCUCCUUUGAAGCCCCGUGAUGGUGCCUGUUGAGAAAGCGUUGUUUUUCUUUGCUGUUUCAGUACUUUGCUUUGGCAGUGCAUCUUCAUUCGUCUCCGCUCGUCAAGAGGACGGAGCAGUCUUCUGAAUUUGGAUACUUUUUACUUUCUUAGUUCAUAGUUUAUGUCAAAGCUUUCAUCUUUAUUGAAGAUGGCCAAUGGAACUUGGAGAUGCCAGUCUUCUGUUGCCUCUGCUGCAGAUGUAGGACAACAUACUGUAUAUAUGAAGUGCUAACAAACACAAAAAUACACACA